GGAAUGCUGGGCGACAGCUAAAGCGCGACAACCUCACCUUCAAAGCUUUUCAGCAAGGCCGCUGGGGAAGCCACGGUGCCGCGCAGGCGCCGACCUCCCCUUCCGGUUGCUGAAAUUCCCAGAAGGCUCUGCAGUGUCCCAGGGCCGCGGAAGCCAGGCUCCAGCUCGCGGGCGUCGGAGGGCUCAGCGCUGCGCCGCGCUGCAUUAUGGAACACAGAGUUUAGUAGAAAACUCGGGAGGGAACGCACUCCCGACCGAGCUUGCGUUUACCUUGUGCCGGGGGUGGGGCAAGGAAGAGCCGCUCCAGGUUUCGUCAUAAAACCGCGACCCGACAGGCGGCGCCAUCUUCGAACUUGGACUUCCGGAAGGACUUUGGCGCGGAUCCUGUAGUUUUUGUGUUUGCUGAAAAUUUUCUUCUGUUUUCUGGAAUAGUUCUUUUGAAAGGGGCUUGUGUAGCCCAGGCUAAUCUCAAAAUCAAAGCACCUCUCCUGCCUCGGCUUCCAGGGAGCUGGGGUUACAGGUGUGCACUACUAUGUUCAGCUCCUUGUUUGUCUUGUCAUUUACUAGUUCCCAAAACAAUGCUUAACAUAAUAGUUGUAUGUUGGGGGUGCAUUUGUUUGUUGAGGGGGCACACAUGAGAAUGUGGAAGUCAGAAUACAACUUGGACACGUUGGUUUUCUCCUUACAGCUUGCCAUGUGGAUGGGGGAUUGAACUCAAGGCAUCUACUAAGUCAUCUUACCACCCCAGUAGUUAUUUGAAUGAGUGAAUGAUCGAUCCGGAUGCUUGGUUCUGGUUGUGGGAUGAAGGGAAGGGAAAAAUCUGAGCCCCUACAAAUAUCUUCAGUGUUCCACUCAUUGUUGUAUCUCUGUAUGCAGGGCAGCCAUUUUGGGGGGUGCUGAUGGAUACCUGCGGGGUCGGCUAUGUUGCCCUGGGGGAGGCCGACCCCGUGGGAAACAUGAUUGUGGUAGACUCUCCUGGACAUGAAGAACUAAACCAGCUGGAUGUCAAGGCCUCCUCAGAAACAUCCAGUGUGGAGACUUCCAUCGAGAUGUCACUGCCUACUCCUUUGCCUGAGUUUGAGGAUUCUUCUGACAAGAGGCUUCCUCCAGAGCAGGAAAGCCUCACCAGGUUGGAACAGCAAGAUCUUUCUUCAGAGAUGUCAAAGGUCUCAAACCCUAGGGCUUCAAAGCCUUCCGGGAGGAGAGGUGGUAGGACACCAAGAGGCCCUAAAAGGCCUCAGCAGCGUAAACCUCCAUCCACCCCUCUGGUUCCUGGUCUCUUAGAUCAGUCCAACCCUCUGUCUACCCCCAUGCCUAAGAAACGAAGUCAAAAGUCCAAGGGAGACCUGCUACUUCUGAAGUUGUCCAAAGGCCUAGAUCAGCCAGAGUCUCCACAUCCAAAGAGGCCCCCUGAGGACUUUGAGACCCCUUCUGGGGAACGACCCCGUCGAAGGGCUGCCCAAGUGGUGUCGCGGCCUAACCCAGGUUGGCCUCGAACUUGCGAUCCUCCCACCUCAGCCUCUCGAGUGCUGGGAUUGCAGGCGUGCGCCACCACACCUGGCUCUCCAUCACAUUUUUCACAGACUUCCCCCAGGGCACUUCUGUACCUUCAGGAACUGGCUGAAGAGCUCUCAACAGCCCUGCCUGCUCCGCUGUCAGGUCCUAAGAGUCCCAAGGUGAGCAGCCCUACCAAGCCGAAGAAGACCCGGCAAGCAACCUCUCAGGGUGAUGAAGAUGGCAGCGCUCGGGAUGAAGACUUUGUUCUUCAGGUCGAGGGUGAAGAUGAGGAAGAAAGUGAGGCCCCAAGUGAGAACUCAUCUGAUCCUGAGCCUGUUGCACCCCGAAGCACCCCACGAGGACCCACUGCAGGGAAGCAGAAACCACACUGCCGGGGCAUGGCUCCCAACGGCUUACCCAAUUAUAUCAUGGCUCCUGUUUGGAAGUGCCUGCACCUCACCAAGGACCUCCGAGAACAGCAGCAUUCAUUCUGGGAGUUUGCUGAAUGGAUUCCAGUAGCCUGGAAGUGGCAGCUGUUAUCGGAACUUGAAGCAGCUCCUUACCUGCCACAGGAGGAGAAGUCCCCCCUGUUCUCGGUACACCGCGAAGGAAUUCCUGAGGAUGGCACAAUCUACAGAAUAAACAGAUUUAGCUCGAUCACAGCACACCCAGAGCGCUGGGAUGUGUCCUUCUUCACAGGAGGACCACUCUGGGCUCUGGACUGGUGCCCCGUGCCUGAAGGGUCAGCAGCCUCACAGUAUGUGGCCCUUUUCUCCAGCCCAGACAUGAAUGAGACACACCCACUGAGCCAGCUUCAUUCAGGCCCUGGGCUGCUGCAGCUCUGGGGCCUUGGGACAUUGCAGCAAGAAAGCUGUCCUGGCAACAGGGCCCACUUUGUCUAUGGGAUUGCCUGUGACAGUGGAUGUAUCUGGGACCUCAAAUUCUGCCCCAGUGGGGCAUGGGAACAUCCAGAAACCCCUCGGAAGGCUCCUCUUCUGCCUCGGCUGGGUCUUUUAGCCCUGGCCUGCUCAGAUGGGAAGGUAUUGCUGUUCAGUCUGCCGCAUCCUGAGGCCCUCCUGGCUCAGCAGCCUCCAGAUGCUAUGAAGCCUGCCAUCUACAAGGUACAGUGUUUGGCAACCCUUCAGGUGGGGUCUGUGCAAGCUUCAGACCCCUCUGAGUGUGGUCAGUGCCUUAGCCUGGCUUGGAUGCCUACCAGGCCCCACCACCACCUGGCUGCAGGAUACUAUAAUGGCAUGGUGGUUUUCUGGAAUCUUCCCACUAAUUCACCCCUCCAACGGAUACGUCUCUCUGAUGGCUCCUUAAAGCUGUACCCCUUCCAGUGUUUCCUAGCCCAUGACCAGGCUGUCCGUACAAUUCAGUGGUGCAAAGCCAACAGUCAUUUCCUGGUUUCUGCGGGGAGUGACCGGAAAAUCAAAUUCUGGGAUCUUCGGCGACCUUAUGAACCAAUAAACUGUAUCAAGCGCUUCUUGAGUACAGAGCUUUCCUGGCUGCUCCCCUACAAUGGUGUCACCGUGGCUCAGGACAACUGCUAUGCCUCUUACGGACUCUGUGGAAUUCAUUACAUCGAUGCUGGUUACCUUGGUUUUAAGGCCUACUUUACUGCUCCACGAAAAGGCACCGUCUGGAGUCUUUCAGGUUCAGACUGGCUCGGGACAGUAGCUGCAGGAGAUAUAUCUGGGGAGCUCAUUGCAGCUAUUUUACCUGACAUGGCAUCAAACCCAAUUAAUGUCAAGAAACCUGCAGAAAGAAGAUUUCCUAUCUAUAAAGCAGAUCUGAUAGCAUACCAGGACAGCCCUGAAGACCAAGAUUCCUCGGCCACCUCUGAGACCCCCAAUCCUCCCAAAGCGAGAACGUAUACUGAGACCAUCAAUCACCACUACCUACUCUUUCAGGAUACAGAUCUGAGUUCCUUCCACAAUCUACUCCGUAGAGAACCGAUGCUGCGCAUGCAGGAAGGAGAGGGGCAUUCUCAGCUUUGCUUGGAUAGGCUGCAACUUGAAGCUAUUCACAAGGUACGUUUCAGCCCAAACCUGGACUCCUAUGGAUGGCUGGUAUCUGGGGGGCAGUCAGGGCUGGUUCGGAUCCAUUUUGUCCGUGGACUCACUUCCCCGCUGGCCCACCGUGUACAGCUUGAAAGCCGAGCCCACUUCAAUGCUAUGUUCCAAACCUCCUUUUCAACUGAAGGGCCUGGUUUCUCUCCAACCAGCCAUUGCCUUCCCCCCAAUCCCUAGUCUGGUCCACACAGAACCUCUUGGAUUGAAGUCUGCCAAGAACAAAUGGCCCCCAUGCACAGAGCAUAGGACCUGGGCCCUUCCUGGACAGUGAUGGUGCCAGGCCUAGAUCUUUAGGCCUACCUGCCCAGAACUCCUUAAAUCCCUCUCCUUCCACAGACUUCUAUGGUCACAGCUCCCUGCAGGUAGGGGGGCUCCCCCUCUACAACAAUUCCUAUGCCUAAAACCGUGGCUCACAAGAAACACUCAGGCCUGACCUAGGCUUGGGAGUCAAAUUGCUCAUAUUGAGCAUAUUGUGAAGGAGGUAAAGCUAAGUAAAGGUACUGGGUGUUUUUGAGACCACUUGUGAGUGGGUGUUUGGAGAGUCGGAAAGGAUCUUCAUGAAGGCUCCUGUCGAAUUCCAGGAUUUGAUGUUAUUGCCUUCCAAUCUUCCUUCCUCUUUAGAAUAACCAACACACAGGCCCAGUGGGUGACAGUAAUUUAUUGGACUGAAGCUGCUUGUUAUACUUUAACUGAGGAACAUCCUAAACUCCCUAUCAGGACAGCGGCCAGCUCCUAGUUGCUCCUGCUUAUGAAAUAUCCCAAUCAUCGGUCAUUUGACACUACUUGAACACUCCUAAAUAGUAGUGUUUUUAAAAUUUUUGAAGCUGGGUAUAAUGGUGCACACCUGUAAUCCCAGCACUUGGGAGGCCGAGGCAGGAGGAUCAUAAUUUUGUAUUCAGUCUGGGCUAUCUCAUAAAACCAAAAAGUAAGAAAAAAAAUCUUCCUUUAUAUCAAGUCAAGAGUAUACCUCUAUUAAUUUUACUAAUGGUCAUUAGGAGAUGUAGUCAUUCCCUGUGAGUGCCCUUUUCAGUACUUAACAGUAGCUAUCAUGUGUUUCUCAAGUCAUUUUUUCUCUAGAUUAAAUAUCUUUAGUUAUUUCAA